CUCAAAAAACCCCCCACAUAUUAUUUACCUUCGGCUUCACCCCUCCAUUACCCCUUUCUCUUUCCUUCCAUUUCCCCACCAUAAAGAACCGCCUGCCCUCCACGCUCCUACACCGCGCGUCGACUAAAACCCACUCCUUAUAUAUAAACCAUAUAAAACAACCGGUUAUUCCUAAACUUCUAAUCUCUCCUCUUCUCAGCGGGCAUUUCGUCGAACAUUUUCCACUCGUUCGAUGCCGUAAAGGAGGUAAAAAAAUGGUGAUGAUGAUACUGCGAUGAAAGAGCGUCAGCGUUGGCAGCCCGAAGAAGACGCACUCCUCCGAGCCUACGUGAAGCAAUAUGGCCCCAGGGACUGGAACCUCGUUUCCCAGCGCAUGGGCAAGCACCUCCACCGCGACCCAAAGUCCUGCCUCGAGCGAUGGAAGAACUACCUGAAACCUGGCCUGAAAAAGGGCUCUCUCACGCCGGAGGAGCAAUCCCUCGUCAUUUCUCUCCAAGCCAAGUACGGUAACAAGUGGAAGAAAAUCGCCGCCGAGGUCCCCGGCCGCACGGCCAAGCGCCUCGGCAAGUGGUGGGAGGUCUUCAAGGAGAAGCAGCUCAAGCAGCUCCAGCUCCAGAAGAAACCGCCGUCGCAGCCCGACGGGAAUAUUCCGGUAGCCGUCGCAGUCGCCGGAGGAUCUUCCCCCGCGGAGAAGGCCAUACAGGGUCCGUACGACCACAUACUGGAGACGUUCGCCGAAAAGUACGUCCACCAACAGCGGCCUAACCUAAACCCCGCCAUUUUACCCGUCGUCCCGUUUCCGAUGCCCGACCCGGACCCGGUUCUCUCACUCGGGUCGGUUAAUUCCGCUCCGCCUCCCGCGCUUCCCCCGUGGAUGAAUUUGAACGUUAACGUUAACGUCAACGCAACGACGUCGUCGCUCUCGUCCUGUACGACGUCGUCCAGCGCGACGCCGUCUCCCUCCGUCAGCCUCUCGCUCUCCCCGUCCGAGCCGGUACAGCAGCAGACGCUCGAACAGGAGAUGAACCGGGUCUUGCCGGUUCAGCAAAUGGCGAGCGUUUUCCAGUGCUGUAAGGAGCUGGAGGAGGGGCGGCAGAGCUGGUUGCAGCACAAGAAGGAGGCCACAUGGCGGCUGAGCCGGCUGGAGCAGCAGCUGGAGUCGGAGAAGUCGAGGAAGAGGAAAGAGAAGAUGGAAGAGAUUGACGCCAAGAUACGGAGCUUGAGAGAAGAGGAAAUGGCGUUUCUCAGUAGGAUUGAGGGCGAGUAUAGAGAACAGCUUUUGGCUUUGCAAAGAGAUGCCGAGGCGAAGGAGGCCAAACUGGUUGAAGCUUGGUGUGGUAAGCAUGUGAAGCUGGCUAAGCUCCUUGACCAGAUUGGGGCCCACAAUUGUUGUAAUGCCACUAAUGGUUUCACCACUUUUCCCAAUCCAAAUUAGUGAUUUUAAGUGAAAUUAAUGACAAGAAGAAAACCUUCAAUGUGUUGAUCCAACAAAUUAGCAUUCAAAGGUUGAAUCUUUGUAAUACUUGUGCACUUUUUGGUUGGACUUAUGAAAGAUGGGUUAUUUGUAUAAAUUUGUUGUCUUUUUGGGCUC